GCUGCAGAUCCGAACCACAAGGACUACCGCUACCUGUUAGUCGGAGCGUAUGUGUUUCCCCGAGUACCAGCAGAGUCCGAGGAACCACCAGAUGAACCUCAUGUACUACCAGCAGAGUCCGAGGAACCACCAGAUGAACCUCAUGUACUACCAGCUGCAUUAAGCGACAGCCACGUCGAUGACGGGAAGGGCGUUGGUGCAGUGUUUGGGGUCGAUGACUUUGACGAAGGGGACUUCGAUCCAAUGGAAGAGACGCCAGAGAAGCGUACUCGAGGACCUCCUGUUGAUGAUGAUGGACUCAGAGGGUUAUCUCAGGAAGAGUUUAGCCGGAUUUUCAAUGAGGUGGGCAAAGAGCUGGACUAUGACACUGUGUAUGUCGUUAGACCUUUGAGGACGAGGACGUCUUCGGAAGUCACGGCAGCGGCCCAGGAGUUAGUGCUGAAGCUGAGGGCUGAAGGUUGCCAUGUGUCUCGUGUGCAUACAGAUAGAGCUCGCGAACUUCGUGUUGAGCCUCUACGACGAUGGCUUCUAGAGAAGGGGAUCCUAGUGACGUACACUGAAGGGCAAGCACCGCAAGCGAACGGCCGAGCCGAAGCGGCUGUAAAAUGGACCAAGUCAUCCGUCAAGAGACUUUUGGGUGCAUCUGGUCUAGGAAAGGAGAACUGGGCAGUUGCAGCAAACUACGCAGCUCAAGCUCAAAUGGACAAGGCUCUACGACGAGCGCCACCGAUGCUACCGUUUGGGACGAAGGUCCACAUCAGAUCAAAAGUUUACGGAACGGGUGGACGGCAUGAUCUAAAUUCGAGGUGGCAAGCUGGUGUCUAUGUGGGACCCAGCUUAGAGGUCAGGGGUGGCCACGUCAUCCGCUUGGAGAGCGGCGCCUUUAUGACGUCAACUCAUCUGCGACCUCAUCUACUGGAGCCAGACAAAAUCGCAGGGUUGGACGAAUACGAAGUCGCGCUGCCUAUGCCAACGAAACGUUUGAGGACUAAGGUUGGAGCGCGGGAUUUGGACCCUGUCGUAGCGCCGGAUGAACCAAACUUCAAGUACGAUCCGGAGCACCCGGCUGAGCAGUUUGCCAAGAGUUUGUUGGAGGAGGAUGUGUUGACACCGGAUCAGUGCGUGGUGGGAGUAAAACGGUCGACCGGAGCGUUCCCUGCUACCACAAAGGUGUUUGCCAAGUAUAUUCGUCAGCUACAACCGGACCACGAGUUCAACGCGGUGGCUGCGAUGGUAGAUGUGGGGGCCCAACAGCAUGUGGAUGCCCACAAUGUUGGCAAAAACUUGAUUGCGGGCCUCUCCUACUUCAAGGGCGGUGGUUUGGAAGUUCAAGAGGAUGGUGAACGAAGAUUGUUGCCGUUGGACGGCGACCACACCCAUCAGCUUUUCGAUCCUCACCAAAAACAUUCUACGAGGCCCUGGUAUGGAGGAUCCCGUGUGGUCUUGAUUGCCUAUUCCGUUAGGGACAGCGGUAAGUUGCCGCCGGAGAAGGUCGCCUACCUGAAGGACUUUGGCUUCACUUGGACACCUCAUGUAUCGAGAGGCUCUGGUGAGGAGGAGGCUGCAAGGCUACACGUCAUACGGGUGGGUUUGUUGGAGGACAAGAAGACGCAAAUGGAUGUGGAGCUGGCAAUCGGAGAUCUUGAGGAUCGUGCAGCAAGGCUACGUGAUCUACUUGAGGAGGAGGAGAUCAUGUGUGAGGAGUACCGUCGGGUGGGUCAGAUUACACGUGAAAACCUGGUGGAUGCGAGGAGCCAGGUGUGUGACUUCUUGGACCACGUGCACGAGGAGCUGGUGGGUUUUGAGCGGCUGAGGACAAUGAUGUGUUUGAGUGCCAUGAAGGUAACCCCUGAUGCCUCUGCCGAUGACGAAGUGGACUAUGAGGCUCUUCUGGAAAGUCUGGAGGAAGAUCUUAAGGUCGUGCACACGGUGCCGGCAGCGCAAGUUCGCAAGGUCCUUACCAAGUGGGCCGCAGCGAUUCGGAAGGAAGUCGAGGCUCUCUUUUCGUCUGGGACUUUGCGAAGGGUCGAUGUUGAUGAGGCCAAGAGGCUGGAAGCUGAGGGCUCUGUUGUCUUCGCACCGGCGAAGUGUGUGUUCACCCUAAAGCCGCCCCAGACGGCAGGCCAGCGCGCUAGGCGCAAAUGUCGGCUAGUUAUAUGUGGGAACUUCGUCCGCGAUAAUGUCGAAUUUGGCGACCUCUAUGCUGCUGGCUCUUCUACGGACGCCCUUCGACUUACCCUGGUAGUAUCAGCAAUGAGAAGGUGGGUUGGAGCCAUCUCCGAUAUCACUGGGGCCUUUUUACUAGCAACGUGGCCUGAGAAUCUUCCAAAAUAUGGAAUUUACCCACCCCGCAUCGUACGAGAUGCAGGCGCAGCUCAGGCUGAAGCCUGGAUUGUGGAGCGACCUUUGUACGGGCUCAGAGAGUCACCAAGGAUCUGGUGUGAUUUUCGCAACAGGCGGCUACGGCAAGCUCGCGUACACGUUGGGGACCUAGUGCUGGUUUUGCGGCCAACAGUGUCGGAGCCGGAGCUGUGGAUGAUCCUUGGGGAGGUCACGGGCACGCUGCAUGGGCUGAUAGUGCUUUACGUGGAUGAUAUUGCCUAUUUUUCCACACCAGAGGUUAUACGGGCUGUUCAUGCUUAUGUGACUGCAGAAUGGCCUGCGAGUGACCUUGAGUGGAUAACCGAGUCCAACUCGGUUCGCUAUCUUGGUGUCGAGAUUGGGAGAGAAGCCAGGACUAAUGAGCGGGGUGAAGCCCGUUUCGUCUACACCAUCGGGCAGGCAGGAUACGUUCGUGACCUACUACGUGCACAUGGCUUGUCUGAUGUGGCCCCCACAGCGCUCCCAGCACCAAGAGAGUGGAUUGAAAGUGCGGAAAACGAUGACAGCGUCGAGGAGUACGAUGAGGCUACGCUUCGAAUGGCUCAGCGAUAUGUUGGUGAGCUGUUAUGGCUGGGGACUCGCACGAGACCGGACGUGAUGUUUGUGGUCUCGCAUGCAGCAAGCUGUGUGUCCAAGAAGCCGGGCUACGUUGUUCAGCUCGCGCAAAGGGUCAUGGCUUAUCUAACAGGCACUGUUGAUUUAAAGAUGACAAUGGGACCAGUGGACGUGCCUGAACAGCUUGAACUCAUCGCCUUCACGGAUGCUUCAUACGCUCCAUUCGGGCGUCGAUCGUUUGGUGCUGCAGUCAUAACCUUCUUAGGUUCGCCAAUAGCAUGGAAAGCGGGGCGGCAGAGUUUCAUUACGCUUUCGGUGAUGGAAUCGGAGCUCUACGCGGCCACCCAAGGCUGUACGCUAUUGAACUCUGUGUAUGCCCUGCUGCUGGAGCUCUAUCCGCAAGGAGUGCAGCGAGUGCUUGCUGUGGAUAACACGAGUGCAGUUUCGAUGUUAAGUGGCGGGCAUGGCUCACAACGCACACGACAUCUCAAGAUUCGUGCACAUUAUGUUAGAGAAGCUGUGGAAGCUGGUGAGCUAGUUGUCCGCCACACUCCCGGAAGCGAGCAGUUGGCCGAUCUUUCUACAAAGAUGCAGUCGAAGCUAAGGUUGCAUCAACUUCUACGCCUUUGGGGCUUUGUUGGUGCUGCCUUGGAUACUUUACAGGCGAUGAAGCUUAGGCUCUUGGCUGUCUUUGUGAUGUUGGCUCAGUGUGUAUGCCCGACAAGAGCUGAGGAGGAGAAGACGAUCAAGGAUCCCUUGCCCGCGGCUACAUGGAACGAGUUGUUUGUGGUUGUAACCGUGGUUGCGAUCGUUGCGGUUGUUGUUUGGGAAGCCCUUCGAGUAAUGUACCGGAGGUCCCUUCGUUACUACAGGCGAUGGACGAAGGUGAAGAAGCUGGAGCAGGUGUCCCAGUUCGCUACAACAGCUGCGAGGAGAGAGAUUGCAGCUACAUCUGAGGCUUUGUCUUCGGCUAGGAGGAGAACUGCUUCGUUGGCACGAAGGGACUUGUCUACUCCUUCGACCCCGAGGACACCGCCUACUACAAGAGUGAUGACUCCAAGUGCCUCGAGAAGCAGUGAUUUGCCUACAACACCGUUGGAGCCAACGGCGAGCGCUACGAGACGUUCUACGCCUCCACCGUUGCCGAGACCUACCGUAACAUUGUUGGAGCCAGCGACGAGCUCUACGAGACGUUCCACCCCUCCGCCAUUGCCGAGAUCUACUAUGUUGCCAACCACAAGGGCUGAGGAGGAGAGAGAGCGCCUACGUGUUUGCAAGGAUACCCUUCAAUUGAUGACGUGUGAAGACUUGAAGUCCGCGUUGAGACUAGAAGGGCUACCUGUGUCAGGAGUCAAGGAUGACCUGACAGACAGGCUUGUGACUAGGCUAGUUGCUUCAGAUGUGACGGAGAAGCAGCUGCGCUACGUGCUCUAUCUGUGGCGGUUGAAGUCCUUGAGCUACAGGUGCAAGUUACGGUGGGAGGACAUCAAUAGCAAGCUCCGAGUGUCUUCGUGGCUCGCUACAUGGAAGCAUGCAUGA